AUGAUUGGUGGUCCAUUGGAUGAAGAUGGUCAGCCCCAUGGUUUCUGCACUGUGACCUACUCGUCCAGUGAUCGCUUUGAAGGACAUUUCACCCAUGGAGAGAAAAAUGGCAAGGGCAAGUUCUUCUUCUUUGAUGGAAGCACUUUAGAGGGGUUCUAUGUAGAUGAUGCUCUGCAGGGCCAAGGAGUGUACACCUACGAAGAUGGGGGCGUCCUCAAUGGGACAUAUGUGGACGGAGAGCUUAAUGGGCCUGCUCAGGAGUCCGAUGGCGAGGGUCACCUGAUGUUCAAGGGCCAGUACAAAGACAACAACCGCUGUGGGGAAUGCUGGGUCUACUACCCUGACAGAGGCUGUGUGUUUGGGGAGGUAAACGAGGACGGGGAAAUGACUGGUGACUCUGUAGCGUAUAUCUACCCUGACGGCCGAACGGCUCUAUAUGGAAGCUUUGUGGACGGGGAGCUCAUUGAGGCCCAACUUGCUGCUGUCAUCUCCAACCAGACUGGGAGACCACGCUUCGAAAUCAGCCCCAAUAGUCCUGUGUACUCGUAUGACAAAUCCACAUCCACCUGUAUCGCCACCCAUACUCUGCUUCCAGAUCCUUAUGAGAGCCAAAGAGUGUUUGUGGCAGACUCUACAAUCAGAGGAGCAGGACAGGGACUUUUCGCCAAGACAGAUGCUGAGGCCAACACUGUGAUGGCUUUUUACAAUGGAGUACGCAUCACCCACUCUGAGGUAUGA